AUGCGUCCGAGUGCCGGCGUAGCGAGCAGGCGAGCGGCGGCCCCGCGCGAUCCCGGAACCAGGAGUCGGAUCGAUCCCGAGGGCGCGGAGGCCGACAGGCGCGUUUACGCCGCCUCACCUACGAUCGAGCCCGCGUACGAGAUCGAAUGGAUAAGGUCGGACUUGGCGGACAUUGAAAUCUCGAAGUUCGUGAGCGGCAUCGCGGGCGGCAAGUCGACGGCGUCGCGCAAUAAUCCACGAAGAUGUUACAGAACGUCGACGAGCUCCGGCUACUCGAGCCACUCGCCACCGCUGUCAGCCGGCUCGUACUCCUAUUACGCGUCAGCGUCGACGAAGGAUCCGCCGUACGGCGGCCUGGCGGUGAUUCACGAGAGCGAGGCGAUACCGCGGCCUAUCUGGCCCUCCAUCGUCUAUCGCCACGCCGAAGAUCACGGUGGCGAUUACGAAGGAAUUUAUACGUGUCGGGUAUGCGGUUGCACGUAUAACUAUUCGCCGCCGCCGACGACGACGUCGACAUCAUCACCGUCGAGAGCGCGCGAGGUGCUGCUCGAAUUAUCCCGAACUCUCAACUCUGUGAUAGACGGCGACGUCACGGCGCCGCCGGAGGAGAUCUUGCGCGAUAUCUCGCGCAUCGUUUCCCUGGAGAUCGGCGCGAGGAACGACAACGUGUACGAGUACGUCUGCCCAUCCUGGGCGUUCAACGAUAAGAAUCCUCCAUGGCCGAGCUGCGCGAAGAACGUGCCAUCGAGGGUGAAUCCAAUUAACUCGAAACUCUACGUCGGCCCUCGUUGCCUCUACGGGUACAAUCCGGUGCGGUCCGCGCUCAAGAGCGACAGGACGGCGAGACGCGAAGGCGACAGCGAAACGAAAGAGCGCUCCGGCCUCGCGAGAAAGAAACCUUGCGAAACCGAGUCCAAGUAUUCGACGCUGGAGUACAGCGACGUCGGGUCGUCCACCGAAGAAACGAUCGCCUCGUCGUGCGCGAACGGCUGGAAUCGUCGCUUGGCCGUCCGUGGCCUGGGAGAGGACUUCGACUUCACGCUCGACGUGACGCAGGCCGAGCGUUUAGGCCGCAUGAUCGCGAGAGCGAAACGGAAACGGCAAUGGUGCAGAGCCCUGACCACUCUCUUCGGUUUAGCUUUCUUCGUGUUGAGCGUCGUGGUCGUCUCGUUAUCCGUAACGAGGGGUCGCAAGGUGUUUGGAAGCAUGUAAGAGUUCGGGAGGAAGGAACUUAUCCGCGUUCUAACGUUCGUCCAAGGGUACUCACUCAUGGAACUGAUACGUCUGGUGUCUACUUUUAUCAAACGUAGAUUAACUUUAAUCUCGUUUCUCUACUUACCUUGUAUCUUGUUCUAAUGCCGGUUUCUACCAGCUCGGAUGAACUUUAAUCUCGGUUUAACUCACUUUAGAGUAAGGUGAC